ACCAUGAACCUCCAGGCCCAGCCCAAGGCUCAGAGCAAGCGGAAGCGUUGCCUCUUCUUCGGAGACCCGGAGUCAGCUCCCAAGGAGCAGGCCCCUCAGCAGCCCCUGGCCCCUCCACAGCCCACCAGAGUGAAGGAGGAGCCAUACUUUGGACACGAGGGUCCUUCCGGAGGCAUUCCCACCUCUCAGCCUGUGGAACUCCCCCCGCCCAACAGCCUGGCCCUGCUGAACUCUGUGGUAUAUGGGCCUGAGCGGACCACGGCAGCCAUGUUGUCCCAACAGGUGGGCUCAGUCAAGUGGCCCAACUCGGUGAUGGCUCCGGGGCGCGGUCCAGAGCGUGGAGGCGGUGGGGGUGUCAAUGACAGCGGCUGGCAGCAGCAGCCUGGCCAGCCUCCCCCCCACGCCACAUGGAACCGCCACAGCCUGCCUCUCUACAGUGGACCCAAGGGGAGCACGCAUCCUGGUGUAGGGGUCACCACCUACUAUAACCAUCCAGAGGCACUGAAGCGCGAAAAAGGGGGCGGCCAACAGCUGGACCGCUACAGGAACGCGGUGCAGCCAAUGAUGCCUCAGAAAGUGCAGCUGGAGGUAGGGCGUCCACAAGCCCCACCCCUCAACUCCUUCCAUGUGGCCAAGAAGCCCCCAAACCAGACACUGCCCUUGCAGCCCUUCCAGCUGGCAUUUGGUCAUCAGGUGAACCGGCAGGUCUUUCGGCAGGGUCCACCUCCCCCAAACCCCGCCGCUGCCUACCCCCCACCGCAACAGCAGCAGGCGGCAACCCUGCCCCAGAUGCAGCUCUUUGAAAACUUCUACCCAAUGCAACAGCCACCCUCCCAGCCACCGCAAGACUUUGGCCUGCAACCUCCUGGGCCUCUGGGGCAGCCCCACCUGGCUCACCACAGUAUGUCCUACCCCUUCCCCCACAACCCUGAUAUGAACCCAGAACUGCGCAAGGCUCUCCUGCAGGAGUCGGGCCCACAGUCUGUGCUACCUCAGGCCCAAAUCGCCUUCCCCCGCCGCUCCCGCCGCCUCUCAAAGGAGGGGGUCCUGCCGCCCACUGCCUUGGAUGGGGCUGGAACCCAACCCGGGCAGGAGCCUGCUGGCAACCUGUUCCUACAUCACUGGCCCCCACAGCAGCCGCCAUCCGGCCCCCUGGGGCAGCCACAUCCUGAAGCCCUGGGGUUCCCUCUGGAGCUGAGAGAGUCACAAUUGCUGCCCGAUGGGGAGAGACUGGCACCCAAUGGUCGGGAGCGAGAGGCUCCUUCCAUGGGCACCGAGGAGGGUAUGCGGGCAAUGGGCACCGGGGACUACGGACAGGUGCUACGAGGUGGGGUGAUCCAGAGCACACGCCGGAGGCGUCGGGCAUCCCAGGAGGCCAAUUUGCUGACACUGGCUCAGAAGGCAGUGGAGCUGGCCUCCAUGCAGAAUGCAAAGGAUGCCAAUGGCUCCGAGGAGAAGAGGAAAAGUGUGUUGACCUCAACUACCAAGUGUGGGGUGGAGUUUUCUGAGCCUGCCUUAGCUGCCAAGCGAGUACGAGAAGACAGCGGGAUGGUGCCCCUCAUCAUCCCAGUGUCUGUACCUGUGCGGACUGUAGACCCAUCUGAAGUGGCCCAGGCAGGAGGUGGUGAAGAGGAUGGGCAGGGUCCUGACCAGAACCCUACUGAACACAAGCCGUCAGUCAUUGUCACCCGCAGGCGUUCCACCCGUAUCCCUGGGACUGAUGCCCCAGCUCAGGCUGAGGACAUGAAUGUCAAGGUGGAGGGGGAGCCGUCAGUGCGGAAGCCGAAACAACGGCCUCGACCUGAGCCUCUGAUCAUCCCCACCAAGGCAGGCACUUUCAUUGCCCCACCUGUCUACUCCAACAUCACCCCAUACCAGAGCCACCUGCGCUCUCCUGUCCGCCUGGCCGACCACCCCUCUGAGCGGAGCUUUGAGCUGCCUCCAUACACACCACCCCCGAUCCUCAGCCCCGUGCGGGAAGGCUCUGGACUCUACUUCAAUGCCAUCAUGUCAACUAGCACCAUCCCAGCCCCUCCUCCCAUCACGCCAAAGAGUGCCCAUCGUACCCUGCUCCGGUCUAACAGUGCUGAAGUCACCCCCCCAGUCCUCUCUGUGAUGGGGGAAGCCACUCCAGUCAGCAUAGAACCGCGGAUCAACGUGGGCUCCCGUUUCCAAGCGGAAAUCCCCUCGCUGAGGGACCGCUCCCUGGCAGCUGCAGACCCUCACAAAGCUGACUUGGUGUGGCAGCCAUGGGAAAACCUAGAGAGUAGCUGGGAGAAGCAGAGGCAAGUGGAAGACCUGCUAACAGCUGCCUGUUCGAGCAUUUUCCCUGGAGCUGGCACCAACCAGGAACUGGCCCUGCACUGUCUGCACGAGUCCAGGGGGGACAUCCUGGAAACGCUAAAUAAGCUGUUACUGAAGAAACCCCUGAGGCCCCACAACCACCCACUGGCCACUUAUCACUACACAGGCUCUGACCAGUGGAAGAUGGCUGAAAGGAAGCUGUUCAACAAGGGCAUUGCCAUUUACAAGAAGGAUUUCUUCUUGGUGCAGAAGCUGAUCCAGACCAAGACGGUAGCGCAGUGCGUGGAGUUCUACUACACCUACAAGAAGCAGGUGAAAAUCGGUCGCAAUGGGACUCUAACCUUCGGGGAUGUGGAUACAAGCGACGAGAAGGCAGCCCAGGAAGAUGUUGAAGUGGAUAUUAAGACUUCCCAGAAGUUCCCAAGGGGGCUUCCUUCCAGAAGAGAGUCCCCAGGUGAAGAGAGGCUGGAGCCCAAGAGGGAGGUGAAGGAGACCAGGAAGGAGGGGGAGGAAUUGGUGCCAGAGAUCCAUGAAAGGGGAGAGCAGGAAGAGGGGCGAGAGCGGAGCCGGCGGGCAGCAGCUGUCAAAGCCACACAGACACUACAGGCCAAUGAGUCGGCCAAUGACAUACUCAUUCUCCGGAGCCAUGAGUCCAAUGCCCCUGGAUCUGCUGGUGGCCAGGCCUCAGACAAGCCUCGAGAGGGGCCAGGGAAGUCACGAAGAGCACUACCGUUUUCUGAGAAGAAGAAAAAAACCGAGACAUUUAAUAAGACCCAGAAUCAAGAAAACACUUUCCCUUGUAAAAAAUGUGGCAGGUAA